UUAAAUAUAAAUUAGGGUUCUUGUUAUGUAUAAAAAACCCCCAAAUUUUUUAUCCCGCCAAUUUUUUUUAUCGUCAAUGGCUAAAGAGAUACAAAAUUUAUGGAGAGAAGUAAGAGAAUUGAGUUUAGGAACUAAAAUCGAUCGUCUUGAUUCACCACCGUCUCCGGUGAAGUUUCUCCGUGACUACGUGUCUCAGAGCAAGCCUUGUGUAAUCUCCAACGCUAUUUCUCAUUGGCCAGCUCUAAAACUCUGGUCAGAUCCAGCCUACCUCUCCGGAGCUUUGUCAAAUGACUUUGUUUCAUUACAUCUCACUCCUAACGGCUGCGCAGACGCCGUCACCGGAGAUAGAGAUCUUUGUUUCGCUUCGGCUCAUGUUGAGAAAGUUUUGUUCCCGGAGGCUCUUGAGGCUGUUCAAUCGUCGUGUAAAGGACAAAAGGUUGGGUAUUUACAACAGCAGAAUGAUUGUUUUAGAACGGAGUAUUCGACGGUUGCGUUAGACUGCGACGGUGAGAUUGCGUGGGCUACGGAGGCGUUUGGUUGUUCGCCGGAAGCUGUGAACCUUUGGAUUGGUACUGAUGACUCCGUGACUUCGUUUCAUAAAGAUCACUAUGAGAAUCUAUACGCUGUUGUUUCAGGGGAGAAACAUUUUAUUCUUCUUCCUCCGACUGAUGUACACCGCCUCUAUAUCGAACAAUAUCCGGCGGCUAAUUACUCUUACCACCGAGAUACUGAAGUGUUCAAGCUUGAGAUUGAGGAGCCAGUGAGGCAUGUACCUUGGUCUAGUGUUGAUCCAUACCCUUCGCCAGAGAAAGAAGCAAGUGAGAUAUUGAAGUAUCCGUUGUUCUUCAAUGGCCCAAAGCCGUUUCAUUGUACCGUCAAGGCUGGCGAGAUUCUUUACUUGCCAAGCAUGUGGUUUCACCAUGUUAGUCAAACCCCAGGAGAUGGUGGCUAUACCAUUGCGGUGAACUAUUGGUAUGACAUGCAGUUCGACAUCAAGUAUGCUUACUUCAACUUCUUGCAAUCUUUAUCAUACCAGUCAUCUUCACUCAAUCCAGUUCUGUCUUGGAGAGAAGACAAAGAUUCAGAAUCCAGUGAUGCAGAGAUUGUUCCCUGAAUUAAUGGUGUAUCUCUGAAGCCAUUGUCUAUAGAAAACCUCUUGUGGAUGUGUUUGGUUCAAUAUGUUCUUUAGUUAAAAAUGUGCAGUGGAAAUCAGAUAAAAACUCUGGAACUGGCUCCAUGGUCAACUUCUUCUCAGGAGUCCCAAACAGAACUUUGAAACCGCGAAGCUUCAAGCAGAUCCCAUUCCCCAAAACCCAGAAUCCACCAUUAUCCAACGUCAUAUCCAGAAAAUCAAAGUACAUGUUGCUUGACUCCGACAUUCUUGGGUUAAUGGAUUGUCUUUCUUCACCUGGAACCGAAGAUCUAUACACUUCUCUGGCCCAGGAAUCAACUGACACAUGUGAUUGCUACUGGGGCUUAUGAGCUGCAAGUCCACAUUAUGAAAUCUGGUGUAAGACCGACCUUGCUGUUUCUCAACCGUCUUUUUGAUUUGUGUAUCACCUGGACAUCGCCCGCAACAUAUUGGAUAAAUGCUGUACAGAGAGUUUCAUUCCUCGGCAAUUGUUAUUAUCAGCUGUAUUGAUAUGGAUGGUUACCAAAACGCCACUUCUUUCUUUGUGACUAUGUUGAACACCAUAAUGUGAUGUGUUCUAAAAGCAUGCGCCAUGAGUGCAGAUUUAAUAUCAGGGAAGCAAGUUCACUCCCUAUGCCACAAAUUGGGGUUUAUUAGAAAAUAUUUUGUCGGUUAUGGGGCUAGAUUUUGGCAGCUGAGUGUUUGUGAAUGCCAUAAAGCUCAGGUUUGAAUCAAAUGGUUUGAUUCAAAGUGGGUUGGUUGAUAUGUACGGGAAGGUGUUCAGAGCUAUGGAGGGUCACAUAAGUUU